CAGCUGAGGAGUCAUGUCUAGAACCCCAGACAAGGGACAAGUCCCGCCGGCAUUUGACCCUCGGUUUCAGAUCCACAUAUGUGCCCCCCCUGAUCGACUGAGGCCCCUAUGCAAGGGUGAAAGCUCUAUCUCUGUGUCCAGUGACCACAAGGAUCACUCCGUCGUCUACAGCACAAUUCUGGUCCUGGCACCCUGUCACCCUACAGAGGGGAUUGCACGGUCUGCUAUUUCUAACAUCUCCGAUCCUCCCAAUCCAUACAGCAUCUUCUCACGAACCUCUCGCCGAGCGUUCUACCAAAGCCAAGAAAGCCAUCAGCAACCAUGGACAUCGCCACGCGCUGGACAAUGCUAGUCCACAAACACCCGUCCCCGUGGAUCGAGCUGGUAGGCAUGCUCGCGACCCAAGUCCUCACCUUCUGGCUUCCAGCCGGCAUAUUCACCGUGUUCGACCUGCUGGCCUGGCCGUCUAUCCAACAAUACAAGAUCCAACCGGCGCACAAGCAGCCCCUUCGCAAGCUCAUCAUCCGCGAUGCCCUGCUGGGCUCCCUGGGGAACCAACUGCUCAGUACCACGCUGCACGCCCUGCAGCUAGUGGCGGUCCACCUCGUCCUCGGGCGGCCCGACCUGGGCUACCGCGUGCCGGCGACCCUGCCUCCCCUCCGCGAGUUCCUGUACGGCCACCGGCUGCUGCACCACCGGUUCUUCUACGCGCGGUUCCACCGCCAGCACCACCGGUUCCACGCCCCCGUCGCGCUGGCGACCCUGUACGCCCACCCGGUCGAGCACAUCGUCACCAAUAUCCUGCCCAUCGUGGGGCCCGCGCGCCUGUUCGACGUGCACGUCGUGACCCUGUGGGCGUUCAUCGGCGCCGUCGGCCUCAAGGCCGCCCUGGCGCACAGCGGGUACCGCCUGUGGGAGACCCCAGACGGCUGGAAGCCCGAGGUCCAUGAUCUGCACCAUGAACUGAUGACGGUCAACUACGGCUUGAUCGGCCUCAUGGAUCGGGUGCAUGGGACGCGCGCGACAAGCAAACCGAAGCGGAGCUAGUAUGUAGUGCCACGGUCUUGUACCCCGCCCUUCGGCACGUAAACAGUGCGACGGGUUUGGGAUUGUAUGUAUGGGCCUUGCCAAUGUGGUCAUAACUCGUGAUUGGUAUUUCGCGGAAGAGCUUCAUAUCUUUCCUGGAGAGGAGGCGGGAGAGGUGAGCUCGAGGCCGUCAUGGACGGUUACCACUGACGCAUCCUUACGCUCUGAAUGCACCCGGAUAUGUACCGUCGUGACUCGGUUUCAAGUGGGGAUCCUUCAAAAGGCAUAGGCUUCAAUUGAAGUGAUAGAUCACAUAGUUCCCCCUGAAUGGGUCUCUUAGGCUCCAGCCAAGGCUUGAUGAUUUGCGCGGUGCGAGUCAUGAAUCUCCUUGGGUCGAUUGAACGGCUGGUGUCAGAAGUCAAAC